UAAAGUAUUAAUUUAUCCCCAGCCAUUUAAGCGUCAUUACGGACAUAACAACAGCAACACAAACAGUAUAUGUAAUGGACAACAGAAUUCAACAGAAAUGAGAUUAACAGAAGAAGAAGAAGAAGAAAAUGAUGAAUUAAGUGAAACAAAAACUUUAAUUGAUGGAAGAGGAGGAGGAGGGGGGAAUGACUCCUCAACAUUAUUAAUUAAUUCAACAACAACCCCAUGCCAAUCAUUACCAGGAACUUCUUCUUCUUGUACUCCCCAACAAAUAAAAAAUAAAGAAAUAACAGAAGAAAUAACAAAAAUAAUAAAUGAACAACAACAAAAACAACAACAACAAACAAAUAAACAACAACAACAAUUUAAUAAUUUACCUCAAGAUUCUUUAAUAAAUCAAAAUAAUUGUUGGGAUAAUAAUUCUGUUGCUAAUUUGGGGUUAACAACUGCUGGAAUGAAUGCUGCUUCUAUGCAUGGUUAUAUGCCACCACCUUUCCAUUACCCUCCAACAAUCCCCAACAACAACAACAACAAUUUAAUAGAUCCAUCCCCUUCAAUUGCAGAUUUUCCCCUCCCUGGGAACUUCCCCGCAGCAAUGUCAUAUUUCCAAACCUCUCUAAAUAUCGACCAACAAACUUCAAAAUUAGACCAAUCAACAGCUACGGCAAUUUCUUUAUAUCCUUAUGAUCAUUCUAUAGCUGCUAAUUAUUGCCCUGCAACACUUUAUGCAACACAACAAUUUUUUGCUUCUAACAAUUCUAACCCUUAUUCUCAUAUUGGAAAUAGCCAACAUUUUCAUUAA